GACUAUUUCUUAGAAUCCACAAGGCAGAAAAAAUUUUGCACAAAAAAACGAAUAAAUCUGAGUCGGGAGCGUGUCAUCACUGCUCACCAUUCAAUACAGUUCUCGAAAAUGCGAGUUCGACACUAGUCGUGGUUCGACCAUUCGGCGUGCUUGGCGCAUGAGUUGAUGAUAGAAGCCAUUUCCUCGAUAAGUAACGUCCAUUACCGCGGUCCACCACUCUCAACUCUGAUCGUUUACUGGCGGGCGGCAUCAUCUCCAUUCCCGCUUGUUGGCGCCAAAGACGGAGAAAGAAGGCCUACCAAUGGGGGAGAACUGCAAUGGCGAAGACAUGAAGCAACGGGUUGCAUUGAAGCCCAUGGACGCCGAACAGCUAAGAGAAUAUGGUCACAAGGUCGUCGAUUUCGUCGCCGAUUACUACAAAAGCAUCGAGAGCUUCCCCGUCCUCAGCCAAGUUAAGCCUGGUUACCUGAAAGAAAUUUUACCUCAAUCUGCUCCAAAUCACCCAGAGCCUUUGGAGGAUGUUCUUAAUGAUCUUCAGCAUAAGAUUGUCCCUGGUGUUACGCACUGGCAGAGCCCAAAUUAUUUUGCGUAUUUUCCAUCUAAUAGUAGCACUGCUGGGUUUCUAGGGGAAAUGCUUAGUGCUGGAUUCAAUAUUGUGGGCUUUAGUUGGUUGACUUCCCCUGCUGCUACGGAGCUUGAGGUGAUUGUCAUGGAUUGGCUUGCUAAAAUGUUGAAACUUCCUGAACAGUUUCUUUCGUCAGGGAAUGGUGGUGGAGUGAUUCAGGGAACAGCAAGUGAAGCAGUUCUAGUUGCACUGUUAGCUGCACGUGAUCGUACAUUAAGGAGAGAUGAAUCAGUUGGUAUUGAUAGACUGGUGGUUUAUGGAUCGGAUCAGACUCAUUCAGCAUUGAAGAAGGCUUGCCAGAUUGCUGGAAUUCAUCCAAAAAAUUGCAGACUCCUGCCUACAAGUUCAUCUACAAAUUAUGCUUUGAACCCAAAGGUUUUAUGUGAAACAAUCUCUGAAGACAGCAGGACUGGCUUAUGUCCUUUUUUUCUUUGUGCUACAGUUGGCACAACUUCCUCAACUGCUGUGGAUCCUCUACCUGCCUUAGGAAAGAUAGCUAAGGACAGCAAAAUGUGGUUCCAUGUUGAUGCUGCAUAUGCUGGAAGUGCAUGCAUCUGCCCUGAAUAUCGGCAUUAUCUUGAUGGAGUUGAGGAAGCAGAUUCUUUCAAUAUGAAUGCACAUAAAUGGCUUUUGACAAAUUUUGAUUGUUCAGCACUUUGGGUGAAGGACUCAAAUUCAUUGGUUCAAGCACUUUCUACAAACCCGGAGUUUCUGAAAAAUAAGGUUUCAGAAGAAAGGCUUGUCAUAGAUUACAAAGAUUGGCAAGUGCCUCUUGGGCGAAGGUUCAGGUCGUUGAAGUUAUGGAUGGUUAUGCGACUUUAUGGUUCAGAAAACCUACAAAAUUACAUCCGUGGUCAUAUCAAGUUGGCUGAAUAUUUUGAACAAUUACUUGUGGGAGAUCCUAGAUUCAAGGUUGUUGCACCUCGAACAUUUGCACUUGUAUGCUUUCGUCUAGAAGCCCCGAAAAAUAGUCCUGACAAUGGAGAAAAACUUAAUCGAGAUUUACUGGAGGCUGUAAAUUCAAGUGGAGAUAUUUUUCUUUCGCAUACUGUUUUAUCUGGUCAAUUCAUUCUCCGAGUUGCUGUUGGUGCGCCGCUGACAGAAGAGAGGCAUAUCAAGGCUGCGUGGAAGCUGUUGCAGGAAAAGGCCACUUUAUUGUUGGAGCAGGAUGCUUUGUAAACCUGGAGUCUAAAUUCAUGUUGCUAAGAUAGAAUUCCUUAAUCCAAACAGCCAUGGGAAUAUAUUCUUUGAAUUAAAGAGCCAACAUUAUUUGCA